UAGAUCGGAAUCGUUAUUGACAAGCACCGUGAAACGACGCCGUAUUAUAUUUUUGUAUCUUUACUCUUAAUUUCAUUUUAUUAUUUUCGACGUCAUUUCCACCAGUCCCCCCAUAAAUACCAAGAAUAGUCGACCAGAAACCCAAAGCCUUCGUCUUGUUCACUAAUCCCAUACCAACCCAACCCCGUCCUUGAAGCUCUAACAAUGGCGGCCAUGUCGAUUAGGGUUCUGCUCCUCGCUCUCCUCCUCAUCGCUUCCCCCUUCCUCCAAGUCGCCAGGGGUGAGUCUGACUCAGAAGCAGAUUCUGUGUCUGAGGUUGUGGGAGAGAAUAGCGAUCUUGGGACUGUAGGCGAUGAAGAGCAGGAUUUUGUGGAUACAAGUUAUAGUCCAGCACCAGGCAUUGAGACAAUCUGUGUUUUCCCCAAAAAUAAAGCAAAAACUGUGGCAGCAGGGGAACAGACUGAACUACUUGUUGGACUGAGAAAUGAUGGGGAGUCAAGCCUGAAUGUGAUUGCAGUCAAAGCCAGUGUUCAUCUUCCAUUUGAUCACAACCUGUUGGUUCAGAAUCUUACUGCAUUGGCUUUUAACAAUGCAUCAGUUCCAGCUUCAGCUCAGGCUACCUUUCCAUACCUAUUUGCUGUCAGCAAGUACUUGCAGCCUGGAACCUUUGAUCUAGUGGGUACUAUUAUCUAUGAGAUUGACAAUCAUCCAUACCAAAGCACAUACUACAAUGGUACCAUUGAGGUUGUUGAGGCUGGUAGUCUACUCAGCAUCGAGUCUGUUUUCCUUAUAACUCUUGGAUUUGCUCUUCUCGUCCUCUUGGGAUUGUGGAUUCAAGGUCAAAUCCAGCACCUUUCAAAGAAGACCAAGAGGGCUCCAAAGGUAGAAGUUGGAACCAGGUCUACAGAUGCCAACAUGGACGAAUGGCUUGAGGGAACAGCAUAUACUCAGUCACUCAACAACAAGUCCAAGAAGAAGAAGUAGAUUACAGAAUUUUGACAUUACAUGGACAUGCAGACUCUUGUAACUCACGCUAGGCAUGUGGAGAUAUUAAAGAGAGGCCAAAAACUUGAGCUAGUUAUCAAAAUUAGACCAGAUAAAACUUGGGUUUUGUUGUAGUUUUGAAGGAAAACUAACGCUGAUUUUCUGUUAGGAAUGAUACAAGUUCCUCGAACUUAUAAAAUUUUCGUUGAGUGCUGUGUUCUGCUUUUUGCAUG